CUUAGUCAGUGUGGGAUCAUUAUUGGAGGUGCGGAAGAAUACGGGGCGGUCAUCGGGACUCUGCCAGAGGUCACCGGAAGGUUGCUGUAGACCAGGAAAGGUCAAUGCAGGGUUGGGAGUGUGUGAGUCCUCCUGCGAGUUGACGGACACGCUGAUCCGGAGAGGUGGACUCUCCAGGGGCCUUUCCUUUCUGGGCGCCCCUGUCCCAGAAGACAGCAGCCGCUGUGGGCUCCGGAGCAGGGCCGCGCGGCCGGCGUGCACGACUCCCAGCAGAAUGAAACAAGUGGUCAUGAGGCUAUGCCAUAACUUCAUGGUCCUCUCGGGACAUGGCGCGGCUCGGAACCAAACGCUCUCAUCUGCUCAUCACGGACACGGCGAGGGAUUUUAUUCCAGGUGAAGACAUGGAGACAAGCUGCAAAGAGAGGACGUUAGUGCACUUUGUUGCCUUUGCAAUGUGCUUGCUUGCUGUCUGUUGUGCUGCAAGGAGGUCCAAUGUGAGGCGAGCUGGACUUAUGCGGAUCCCAAAUACACAACAACAGGUACCGACAGAUCGCCUGAGUCCACCAUUAGACAUCCAGUUGGAGACGCUCAACUGCACCGCCUUCAGUGUUCGAUGGAAGAUGCCCCGGCGCCACGUCAGCACCAUCACCGGAUACAAGGUGUUCUACACAGAGAUGAAAAGCGGCCGUCCGCUCGGCACGGCCGCCGUGUUGGAAGUACCUCUCAGUUUGGACAUGCUCACAACUGGACAAUUUGAUGGGCAGGCAAGCUUUGAUGUAGACGUUGCCAACCUUAAGGCGAACACUAAGUACCGAGUGAGUGUCGGCGCCUACGGUUGGGCCGGCGAGGGUCGACCCAGCAUGCCCCGCGACGUCGGCACCGGUUCACACGAAAUGUGCAUGCCACCCUCGCCCCCGACUCAGCCUGUUGUCAUGGCGAUAUCCGACACGGAGUUGGCGCUGUCAUGGCAGCAAGGGGAAAGCGAGGGAAGUGCACCUGUCCUCCACUUCCUGGUGGCCUACAUCAGGCCAGAAAUGGACACGGAGUGGACGUACAUCCGCGAACCCAUCCAGACCAACUCCAUGGUGCUGAAGGGCCUCAUACCAGAAACGGAGUACCAGUUUGUCAUCAGAGCCGUCAACGCCUACGGAGCCAGCCCGCCGAGCAACAUCAAUAACCCGGUGCGCACUUUGGGAGCAUCAGACGUGGGCAGUGGUGAUUACGGGCGUUACAUCACGGACCCGCAAAACAAAGACUACGACGGUUUUGACAUCGACGACUCCGACUAUGACACCUUCAUUGAAGAGCUGAAUCAGUUUCCUGACGUCAAUCAAGACAACGGCAAGUCGCAGCUUCGCUCUCGCUCCGGUCCAUCGGGUCAGAACAUCGUCUACCGCAUGAACACCAUGGCUCCGCCGGAAAAUGCUUCACUCCCCUCCUCCACCAGCGUCUUCCUUGACUUCUCAGAUCUGAUUUUCCCUACCAGCUCCGAGCGGGACGUCACCAGCCUGACCUCGGUCACCACAAGAACCACUUUGCCCACGUCCACCGCGGCUCCAACCAUGUCGCCGUGGAAUGGAGAUAUUCCACGGGUCUACCGACUGACCUGCGACGAGACAGUGUGCCCCCCCGACAGCUUCUGCCUCAGCGACCUUGACAGCGGAGGCUCGCGCUGCCAUUGCAACCUCGGACGUGCGGGCAGGACUUGUUCUGAAGUGGUGUCGGUCAAGUUCCCCAGGUUCUACGGCUACUCCCACAUGACCUUUGAACCCUUGAAGAACUCCUACCAGUCUUUUCAGAUCACACUGGAGUUCAAGGCGGACGCUGAGGAUGGUCUGCUGCUCUACUGCGGCGAGAACGAACACGGCCGUGGCGACUUCACCUCGCUGGCCCUGGUGCGAGGCAAGCUGCACUACAGGUUCAACUGUGGAACGGGCGCGUCUCAGAUAGCAAGCGAGAGUCGCAUCGUGGUCGGCCAGUGGCACACGGUGACCGUCUUCAGAGACGGCGUAAGCGGUUGGCUCCGACUGGACAACGAUACGCCGAUAUCCGGUCGAUCUCCGGGUCAGUACACCAAGAUCACAUUCCGCUCGCCGCUGUACCUGGGCGGAGCUCCGAGCGCUUAUCAUCUGGCGAGCACGACGGGGACCAACAGAGGCUUCGUGGGCUGCUUGCAAAGUUUGACCAUCAACAACGUGGCCACCGACAUCAGACCGUGGCCGCUGGGCCGAGCUCUGAGCGGCGCUGACGUAGGCGAGUGCAGCGACAGCGUGUGCGACGUAGUGGGCUGCGGCAACGGCGGUGUCUGCUAUGCAAACCGCGCCGACGGCUUCAUCUGCCUUUGCCCACUCGGCUUCAGAGGAGAUCUUUGUGAAGAGAGCUUCUCCCUCUCUUCCCCUCUCUUCAACGAGACGCUCUUCUCUUACGCUGUGGUGCCGUGGCCUCAGCCCUCAUCCAGCUACUUGUCCUUCAUGGAGUUCGAGCUCACCUUCAGGCCGUCUUCGCCCGACGGGACCGUGCUAUACAGCGAUGAUGCCGACAGCGGCGACUUCCUCGCCAUCAACCUGGUGGAGCGAUACGUGGAGUUCAGAUUCGACUGCGGCUCCGGGGGCGCUGUUUUACGGAGCGAGGAGCAGAUCAGCCUGGACGCGUGGCACGAACUGAGAGUGUCCCGGACAGCAAAGAGUGGCAUCCUGCAAGUGGACAACCAGAAGCCUGUGGAAGGAUUUGCUGAGGGGGCUUUCACACAGAUAAGCUGCAGCUCGCCUCUCUACAUUGGAGGUGUGCCGGAGUACGAGAAAACUAAGAGAACCGCCGCCGUCAUGAAGCCAUUCACCGGAACUGUGCAAAGGCUGAUCCUGAACGACCGCACCAUCUCCAUAACGAACGGCUCGGCCGGCGGCGUGAACGUGGCCAACUCGGCCCACCCGUGCGUCCAAAGUCCCUGCGCCAACGGCGGCACCUGCAGGCCCAAGUGGGACGGCUACGAGUGUGACUGCCCCCUAGGGUACGACGGCAGGCACUGCCAGAAAGAGUGCGGAAAUUACUGCCUGAACACCGUGACGGAAGCCAUCGAGAUCCCACAGUUCACAGGUCGCAGCUACCUGACCUACGACAACAGAGACAUCCUCAAAAGGGUGUCCGGGUCUCGGAACAACCUCUUCAUGCGCUUUAAGAGCACAUCCGGAGACGGCCUGUUGCUAUGGCGAGGAGACACGCCCAUGAGAGCCAACAGCGACUUCCUGUCCAUGGGACUGCAGGAUGGGGCGCUCAUCUUCAGUUAUAAUCUCGGCAGUGGGCCAACGAACAUUGUGGUCAAUGGAACCUUCAGUGAUGGCAGGUGGCACCGAGUCAAAGCAGUCAGGGAUGGACAGUCCGGGAAGCUGACAGUGGACGACUAUGGGGUCCAAACGGGUCGUUCACCAGGCAAGAUGCGACAACUGAACAUCAAUGGACCGUUAUAUGUUGGCGGCAUGAAGGAAAUCGCCCUGCACACCAACAGACAAUACGUCGGAGGCCUGCUGGGCUGCGUGUCACACUUCACGUUGUCCACGGAUUACCACCUGGCGCUGGUGGAGGCAGCCGCCGACGGCAAGAACAUCAACACCUGCUCCAAGUAGAGCCUCAGGUCCUCUUUUUGAAGCGCGCCGUCUUGAACUUUGUUUUUGUUGUUGUUGUUGUUGUCAUUGUUGGAAGUGACUCUGAAACACUGACACGGUUGAAGUUCACAGAUUGGCCACAGGAGGCGACGAAGCACGCUUGCAGGCCACAGGUUUUAAGAAGGACAUUUUUGACGGGAUAAUCCCAAGCACAUCUCUUUUUUUUUCUUUUUUUAACUGCAAAUCCUUCUUUGAUCGGCGGAAAGAAGCGAGUGAUCCUUGGGAUGAAAUUUACGAGGGAACUUUCUGACCUACAGUAGAUCUGCUUCUUUGCUUCGGCCUUAGAAACUUUCUUUCUUUGUGUGUGUGUGUGUGUGUGUGUGUGUGUGUGUGUGUGUGUGUGUGUGUGUGUGUGUGUGUGUGUGUGUGUGUGUUCUGGCAAUGCUUACUUAAUGGGGACAUCGCUCUGUUUACACUAGUGGUCCCCAACCUUUUUGUAACUGCAGACUGGUCA